CCGCCCCCGCCGGCCGCGCCGCCAAUGGCCGGAGGCGGAGCCGGCGGAGCCGUGGCUGGUGGCUUCAGUCGCGGGCGGAGAGGGCGGCGCUGGUGCUGCUCAGCGGGGCUCCGCCGCGGAGCCAUGCCCACCCUCAGUGAAAAUGUCCUGUUUGGAAUGGGAAAUCCUCUGCUUGAUAUCUGCGCAGUUGUGGACAAGGACUUCCUUGACAAGUAUGGGCUGAAGCCGAAUGACCAAAUUUUGGCAGAGGAAAAGCACAAAGAACUAUUUGAAGAACUUGUGAAGAAGUUCAAAGUAGAAUAUCAUGCUGGUGGCUCUACUCAGAAUUCCGUUAAAGUGGCCCAGUGGAUGAUUCAGAGCCCUUACAAAGCUGCCACUUUCUUUGGGUGCAUUGGCAAGGAUAAAUUUGGAGAGAUCCUAAAGAAGAAGGCUGAGGAGGCUCAUGUGGAUGCUCAUUACUACGAGCAGAGUGAAGAACCCACAGGAACCUGUGCUGCCUGCAUCACCAGUGAUAACAGGUCUCUUGUAGCUAACCUCGCUGCUGCUAAUUGCUAUAAGAAGGAAAAGCAUCUUGAUUUGGAGAAGAACUGGAAAUUGGUGGAAAAGGCCAAAGUUUACUACAUCGCAGGGUUCUUCCUGACGGUGUCACCAGAAGCAGUAUUAAAAGUGGCUACUCAGGCUUCCGCCAACAACAAGAUCUUCAGCUUGAAUCUCUCUGCACCGUUCAUUAGCCAGUUCUACAAAGAGCCUAUGAUGAAAGUCAUGCCUUACGUCGACGUCCUUUUUGGUAAUGAGACGGAAGCUGCCACUUUUGCUAGAGAGCAAGGCUUUGAGACUGAUGACAUUAAGGAGAUAGCCCGGAAGACACAAGCCCUGCCGAAGGCGAACACAAAAAGGCAAAGAAUCGUGGUCUUUACCCAGGGGAAGGAUGACACUGUAAUGGCUACAGAAAAUGAAGUGACAACUUUCCCCGUGUUGGUGAGUGAUCAGAGUGAAAUUGUGGAUACCAAUGGAGCUGGAGAUGCGUUUGUUGGAGGCUUCCUCUCUCAGCUCGUCUAUGACCGGCCCGUGACCGAGUGCAUCCGAGCCGGACAUUACGCAGCCAGCGUGAUUAUCAAGCGCUCAGGUUGUACCUUCCCAGAGAAGCCCGACUUCCACUGAUACUCGUGAACUGGAGGGAUCAAGAGUAAUUCCCAUGUUGCUGUGGGAUUGCUGCCUAAAGCUUUCCUCCUUCCCUCUCCUCACCUUUCCAAUUACCUGCAUCAACGCUUCUGUACUUCUGUUCAUCGUAUUCUAAACAAAACAUCUCUUUCUCUGGUGUUUUCCUUUCCAUGCCACCACCACGUCUCAGUAGUCCUAACUUUUGGAAACAGUGCUAAGUGAAGCUUCUCUCAUCUGUCAGGAGAAAUUGUUCUGUUUACACAGUUUAUUAGGAAAUCCCACGUACACUGCUGAUUAACGCCAUUACAAUCCUUCCGUUGGAUUUCCUAGCUUGUACCCUAGCUCAUAUCCUAGCUGUGGCCAAAUCCUAUUCAACUUACGUGACAUCAACAGGCCUGACUUUAUUUGUCACUUAAAGUUAUAACCCAGGAGCUGUUCUUUCUGUAGUGACACUGAUGUAAAGAGCGGUGUAAAUGUCCCAAGGACUCCCUUCCAUAUUUGAGUGUAGGUGAUCCAGCCAUCAGAUCCAGCCCAGUUCCCAUGACAGUAAACAGCUGUUUUGUUGGUAGUUGCAGGGACUGAUCCAAAGCUGGUGUCAUGCACUCAGUCAUCUCACAUAGAUGCCGGUGGGCUUGGGUCUGGCACUGCGUUAGAGCAGGAUCUGGCCACCAGGCAGUCCCACUCAUCUGUCGGUGAGCUUGGAGAGGUACUUCCAGGGAUUGCAGGGCAGAUGCACAUGCUGAUGAGGAACAUACAUGGAUAUAUCCCAUCUUCUCUGGGUGAGCUCUCUAGAGGCUGCAUUUAAUUAAGGUACAUGUAGUGAAAACGAGGUACAGAAAUAUUUAUGCAGGAUAUAUUGACAGGAUAUGCCAAACAGUCUCUGAAACGCACAUUUUUAAACUUUUAAUUUACUGUGGGUAAUUGAGCAAUAUGCUGGAUUUUGUUUGUAUUUACAGUAUUCAAAGAGGUGAUCUGACACUGCAUUCAUUACUUUGCUAUGUAAUUUGAUACUGAUAAAUAAAAAAUUGUCAUAUAGUUA